AUGUCUCUCCCGUCUGCGACCCGUAUCCUGCAGCGCGUUUGCUUGCGCCAACCUCCAGUCACCCAAGCAUGCCGCCAACAACUCCGUCACCUCUCGUCGCGACCCUCGUCGGCAUCCCCGCCUCUCCUCCGCACCAAAACACAUCUCAUUCCCUCCUUUCAGUCACAACAACGACGAUGUGAAUCAACUGCGAGGCCAUUGACCGACCGUCCCGACCAACUACCCAAGGCCGAGCCCCGCGAGGAGGUGCCUUCGUAUGAGAUGACCUUCACUUGCAAGGCGUGCUCUACCCGCUCCUCGCAUCGCAUGUCAAAGCAGGGCUACCACCACGGCACUAUUCUCAUCACAUGUCCCGGCUGUAAGAACAGACAUCUGAUUGCCGACCAUCUGAAGGUACACAAAUCAAGUCUCAUGUAUCUCACGCGACAACCGCUGACAUGUCUANNGAUCUUCUCCGACAAGCGUAUCACUCUGGAAGACAUUCUCGCGCAAAAGGGCCAGCUGCUCAAGAAGGGUGCUCUGGACUCUGAGAGCGACAUGGAAUUCUGGGACGACGGAACCCAGACCGAGCGUACCAAGAAGCCUUGA